AUGUCGAUCAAACGUGCCCUCUCCAAGGCCAUUAGAGGACACUUGGGAGGUGAGGAUGACUCCUCUGGUUCCAACGUUCGCUCUGCCUUGCCAUCCAAAGCUCGUACCGCCCAAUCUCGGUCCGGUUCCCCCACAUCCCCUCGUCGCAGCAUCCUCGGCAACUUCCUACGUGAUAAGAGUGAGUAUGUCUCUUCGUCUGACGAUGUCUCCGACGACUCCUCUACCGGUGGCUUGAGCAAAAACCAACAAAAGCGGUUGGUGCGUCAGCACCGUCGAAGCGAGCGCAGUCGUCUCAGCGAGGAGAUGUUCUCCGAGAGCGACCACCGCCGCAAGGAAGAGGAGGUUGCCAAAGCCGCAGCUGAGGAGACCGCAGAGAUGAAAGCUCGGUAUGGCGAGCUUCCCUUAAUGCAGUCUGCCACUCGAACACGAGAAUUGCGGACUCGGAUCGAUGACAUAACUCUUGCCAUGGAGGGACAGCAAGUGUUUUUCAGCGCAAGACUACACGUUAUCCGUCGAUUGAGCGCCAAAUUAGUGUUCCUCGUAUUCCGCCAGCAGCUAGCUACCUUCCAGGGUGUGUUGCAUGAACGGGAGGGGAUAUCGUCUAUCGCCAUGAUCCAGUGGGUGGAGCACCUCCGGGUUGGCUCUUUUGUCAUGGUCCGCGGCACCAUACAAAAGCCUGAGGUUCCAGUUUUGGGCUGCUCGAUUCAUGAUGUCGAGCUGGUCAUUGACUCGGUUCACCUCCAGGUUCGCCGCGAGGAACCUGUCCCCUUCAGUGUCUACGAGGCAGAGAUUCGGACCAACGAAGAAGAAAAGGCCGAGGGCCGCCGCAACCAUGUCCCUGACCGGACACGUUUGGCCAACCGGAUCCUCGACCUUCGCACUUCAACCUCGCAAUCCAUCUUCCGUAUUCAAGCCGCAACAUGUAAUCUGUUCCGCGCUGCCCUUGACGACCGCGAAUUUGUCGAAAUCCGUACUCCAAAGCUGCAAGGCGCCGCUACCGAGUCUGGAGCGAGUGUCUUCCAGGUCAACUAUUUCGGCCGCCCUGCAUUCCUCGCUCAGUCUCCUCAAUUGGCGAAGCAGAUGGCUAUCGCUGCUGAUUUCGGUCGCGUCUACGAGAUUGGUGCUGUUUUCCGUGCCGAAAACUCCAAUACCCACCGUCAUCUUACAGAAUACACUGGGUUGGAUCUUGAGAUGGCUAUUGAGGAACACUACCACGAGAUGCUUGAAACCCUUGAUGCCGUGAUCAAAAAUAUCCUCAAGGGUCUCUACACCAAACACCGCCGUGAGGUUGAGCUCGUCAAAUGCCAGUUUCCCUCUGAAGAUGUCGUAUGGCUGGAAAAGACACCGAUUAUCCGUUUUGCCGACGGUAUCAAGAUGCUGAACGACUCGGGCUGGUUGAAUGAAGACGGCGAGCAGCUACCUCUAGACGAGGACCUGGGUACCCGUGAUGAGAUUCGCCUGGGUGAGCUUGUCAAGGAGCAAUAUGGCACCGAUUAUUAUGUCCUUGACAAAUUCCCUCGCAGUGCACGUCCCUUCUAUACGAUGCCUGAUGCCGAAGACGACAGGUAUACGAACUCAUUUGACAUGUUUAUUCGUGGCCAAGAGAUUGUCUCGGGUGGGCAACGUAUCCACGAUGCCCAUAUGCUCGAGGAAAACAUGCGUCGUGUGGGCAUCAACCCGGACGAUAUGGAGGAGUAUCUUGAGGGCUUCCGUUGGGAAUCAUCGACCAUUGAACCGCCGUGGCACCGUGAGCACAAGGCUCGGGCAGCUUCGGACCCCAGUGAGCUGCAGCCUCUUGAACAUCUGGUCGCUAACUACGGCGAUGCCACAUCAACCUCCUGGUUUGACGACCGCUUCAAGAUCUGGCGUGACAUGGGCACUGGUGCGGCAGUCGCCUACGUGCCUAGCUCCUCCAACUUUGCAAUCAUUCCCGGUAACCCGGCCUGCGACCCCAAGCAGUACGCACGCACAAUCACGCUAUUUUUGCAGUGGCUACGCCGGGAAACCAAGUUCAAGCCCGUGUGGAUUCUCUGCUCACCUGAGGUUGAGACUAUUCUUGGCGAGCGACUAGGCUGGCGCAGUUUGUCCUGUAUCGCCGAAGAGCGCGUCGACCCGUCGCGCAACCAAGCCGCUUCUGACGGCGAGAUUGCACGCAAGCUGCGCCGCGCCGAAAGUGAAGGCAUUAAGCUGGUCUCUAUGAACCAAGGCGAAAUGGUACCAGACGAUAUCCGCAAGAAGAUUGACGAGCGUAUCAGCGACUGGCUGUCCAACCGCAAGGGCACGCAAGUGCACCUCUCCCAGAUCCGCCCAUGGUGCGACUCCGAACACCGUUGGUACUUCUAUGCUCUGGACAAGAACGGCGUCGUCUGUGCAUUUGUCGCUUUGGCUAUGCUAUCCCCUGCCCACGGUAUGCAAGUCAAAUACAGUUUUGAUUUCCCUGGCGCACCGAACGGUGUUAUCGAAUACAUUGUCACGCAUGCAAUCCAGACCGCCGCCAAGAGCGGCGUCAAGGGCCUCACAUUUGGCGCUGGCGCCACUGCCCAGCUCACCGCUGGCCACAACAUGCGCGGAACCAAGGUCAAGAUGCUGGAGCACACCUACGAAGCCCUUGCUAAACAGUUCCAUCUUGUACGCAAGAGUGAAUUCCGUGCUAAGCUCGGCGCCACCGAGGAUCCGCUGUACAUCUCCUACCCGACCCAUGGCCUGGGCUCCAAGGGUAUCCGCGCAGUCCUGAACUUCUUUGAAGAUUAA